GAGUAAACGAGAAAAGGACAAGCUUGAAACGAAAGUUUUAGAGUCAUCUAGCAGUUUCCAACAAACAUUUUUGUUCCAAUUCAAUUUACCGUCUGAUAGUCACCAGCGAAAACUUAGGUUUAUCCCACAGCGGCGAGAAACGGUGCCUAAAACUUCGAAUAAAACUAACACAAGAAAGACAAGAAAGAAUUCUCUACCUAAUUAUUUAAGCAUUCCAAAUGCAAUACAACAAUUUCAAGCUACUAAUGAUCAUAAAGGAGGUGUUUCUGUACAAGCUUCCAGGCAAACCCAUGCUGAUUUUAUCGCAUCUG